AUGUAUUUCUCUACUGCUAUCGUCGCCACUCUUGCCGCUCAGGCCCUUGCCCAGGAUAACCGUCGUUUCCCUCAUGCUGGCGUUGGACACGUUGCUGCCUUGGUAGCUGCUGCUGCUCUCCCAGCAAGAGCACUCCCUGUCUUCGAUGCCCUCGAGGCGCGGGAUCCCCAUCACCAGGGAGCCAAGGGAGCCAAGGCCAAGGCGGUCGAGGGGUGCAAGACCAAGCGAGACGAUGAAGACGACGAAGACGAGGAAGCCGUCGAGGGACUAGUGGCCCGCCAUCACCAAGGAGCUCACGGCAAAGCUGCUGCCAAGGCCGUUAACAACUGUAACAAGAAUGGCAAGCGGGAUGAAGUGGCUGGAGAGCUUGAAGCGCGAGACGUCGAGGACGAAUCCGAAGAAGACACCGAGGAGCUUACCACCCGGGAUGUUGAGGAAGACGAGGAAGACGAAGCUAGCGAGCUUGAAGCCCGAGCACCAAAGAAGGGCAAGAAAGGCAAGAAGGGUAAGAAGGGAAAGAAGGGCAAAAAGGGAAAGAAGGGCAAGAAGACUGGCAAGAAGGGCAAGAAGGGCAAGAAGGGUAAGAAGGCUGGCAAGAAGGCUGGCAACAACGCCAACAAGAACGCCAACGCCGGUGCUACCAACGGAGCAGCCAAAGCUGGCACUAACACCAAUAACAACGCCAACACUGGCACUGCCAAUGGGGCAGCUAAGACUGGUACCAAUGCAAACACGAACGCCAACUCUGGUACUACCAACGGAGCAGCCAAAACUGGCACCACCGCCAAUAACAACGCCAACAGCAACACUCAAGCCAAGGCUGGUACUACUGCUUAA